AUGGAAUCUAAGAGCGAUGUCGUCGUUAUCGGUGGAGGCCCAGCGGGCUCGUACACCGCUACCUUACUAGCCCGAGAGGGCUUCACUGUUACUCUUUUCGAACGCGAUCAGUUUCCAAGGUACCACAUCGGGGAAAGUCUCUUGCCGUCGAUUCCGCGCUACUUGUCCAUCAUUGGAGCCGAGGACACUAUCAGAGCGAAAGCAUUCAAGAUCAAGCCGGGUGCGGCUUGGAAGCUCAACCAGUUCAGCCGUGAAGGAUAUACUGACUUUUCGACUCUGGAUUCCUCUGAUACGACCUGGAAUGUGAUACGCUCAGAGUUCGACCACGCACUGUUGCAGUACGCUGCUGACUCUGGAGUGCGCGUCAUCGAGAACACGAAGGUCACCUCCAUCCAGUUCGAGGACCCAAACUGUACAGAACGUCCGACAGCUUGCAAAUGGGUGAACAAGGCCGGCGCCGAGGGCACUGCUCGAUUUGGCUGGAUUGUCGAUGCUUCAGGACGGGCAGGGAUACUGUCUACGCAGUACCUUCACAACAGGAAGUUCAACGCCAGCCUCAAGAACGUUGCGUGCUGGGGAUACUGGAAGAAUGGGGGAGUGUAUGCACCUGGGACCGAAAGGGAGGGCGCCCCUUGGUUCGAAGCCUUGACAGAUGAGUCUGGGUGGGCAUGGUAUAUCCCCCUCCAUGACGGUACCACCUCCGUCGGCAUAGUCAUGAACGAGACAGCCAGCAAGCAGAAGAAGGGCGAGAUGCGCUCGUACCAGCAGGGAGGUGGCAUCCUCGCUCAACACUAUCACGAACAGCUAGCACUGGCACCAGGGGUCCGCAAGCUUCUACAAUGCGCGAUCCUCGUCUCUUCUGUCAAGUCCGCAAGCGACUACAGCUACUCGGCUUCUUCUAGCGCCGGUCCUGGGUAUCGUAUGGUCGGCGACGCCGCAGCUUUCAUCGACCCGCUAUUCUCGUCCGGAGUGCAUCUUGCAUUCACAGGCGGUCUGUCUGCUGCGUGUUCUAUCGCUGCAUCCAUUCGUGGGCACUGUACCGAGGAGCAGUCCAUUGCGUUCCACAACUUGAAGUGCGGAACAGCUUAUACUCGAUUCCUCGUCGUCGUCAUGGGUGCAUACAUGCAGAUCAGAGCGCAAGAUAUGCCAGUCCUACAGGAUGUAGACGAGGGCAACUUCGACCGCGCCUUCAGUUUGCUUCGUCCUGUUCUCAUAGGUGAACCCGACAUCAGCGCAGGGGCUCUGACAGAAGAUGAGCUGACGCAGGCUAUGCUCUUCUCCUCUGCUGUUGUGAUGGCGCCAACAACGCCUGCUAUGCACGCCGACGUUGCGGAACGGUUUCCAGCUUCGUUGACGGACAUCAACGGACCCGUGCUGCUCCCUGAAGAGAUUAGGCUAAUCGUUGGCGAGGAAGACGAUGACGCGUUCCACGUCCUGCGCGAGAUCAACGCCCGGAAGCCCAUCCACCAGAUGUACGACGUAGGACGUCACUUCGUACAUGAAGCGUUUGGAGGAUUCUCGCCAUGUAUCACGCGUGGCGAGCUUGGACUCGCCGCUCGUUGUGAGCACUGA